GAGCAUUUCCUCGGUAGAUAGUAUGCAUAGCGCUUCUCCAUGACGAAGGAAAACGCCGCAAAUGCCAGUCUUUUCUUCCAUACCAAUGGAUCGGUCAAGGCGCCAACGUUGUUUAUGCUGGGUAGCCUUCCGCUUUUCUGGUGCGGCGGUUGGUCCUGGGCCGUGACGUGCGUGUUCGGAGGACUCCUCGUUGCCCUUUGCAAUGCCGUAGAAGACAUCAAGGCCACGGAAAAGCAAGCUAUCCGUCAUAAUAUUAUUUCUGCGCACGAAAUCUACCAAGAAAUAGUGGUGAUUGAACGACAACUGCACAAAGCGCAAACGGCAGCCGCAAAUCCAGAAACCGUCGCCGAGGUAGAGGCGUAUGCUCGAAUGAUCUUGGAGACGGGUCUCGCCGCGCUCGCCAAAAAGUACGGGAAGGAAGUGCACGAAAAGACUCCCAAAGAGGAACGAAAUGCCCGAGGUCUGGAAUGUCAAACGGCUUCCUACGUUGCUUUGCGCAUGUUUCCUAACGACACGGCAUUCGUCGCGGCGGCCGUGUCCUUGCUCGCCCUGGUAGCCAAAAAUGAACGCGUACGGGAACGUAUCGUGCAAGAAGCCGAUGAGUACGGUCUUAACGUACCUUUGGUGUGCGCACAACGUGCCUUGCAACGAGCACAGGACGACCCGACACCAAACCAGAAAAGCGAGCAACAGUCGGCUGAACUCCAGCGCAAGAACUGUCUGUUGCUGGGCGCCUUGGCGGAUGGCGACGCCACUAUUGCGUCGUUGAUUGUUCAAGAGGGUGGUAUCGAGAUUAUCAUGAAUGCCGCGCAGUGGUAUCGCUAUCAUGAAGAGGUCGCCAACUGGGCACUGUGGGCUAUUUUCAUUCUGUGCUACGAGUAUCCCCCCACCAAGGUGGUGGUUGUAGAACAAAACGGCGUGGCGCUCAUUCUACAAUCCAUGCGGAAUAAUCCUGUGAAGGAUGUAUUCCGGCACGGAAUUGCAAUUUUAUUUGAUCUUAUGCGAGAACCGACGCACGCAAACGACAAGGCCGCGCCUCAAGAGAAAGUCUCGUCAGUACCGAAGCUUGAUAUCUGGAAGAUCCGACAGUCGGCAUUAGCAUCUGGUCUACACGAAAUCAUUGUCCGUGCCAUGUGUGAAAACAAAGAUGCCGUCGACAUCUUCAUGAUGAGUCAAGAAAUAUUGGUUGGUACCAAUUAUCUAGGGCCGAUACCUAAGUUUGAACGGAAGACGUAG